CUUUCACAGGUUUUUCCCCUUUGGUUUUGCCACUGCCUACCGAACUGCGGGAUUUUCUUUUAGGGUCCAUUUGAUCGACUUGCAUGCGUUUGUUUUCUUCACUAAAAUGUUCCUUCGGACCUUAGAAAUAACAUUCCUCAUCUAUUUUGCGUCGCACAUUCCCAUUACUCUCUUCAUUGAUCUUCAAGCACUGCUGCCUGAACAAGCGUAUCCCCAAGCACUGAAAGACUUACUGCAGUGGUAUGCUGCCGAGUUUAAAGAUCCGAUGGUGCUGGACCCGCCUGUCUGGUUUAGAUCUUUCAUAUUCUGCGAAGCACUAGUUCAGUUACCUUUCUUUCCUGUGGCGGCGUAUGCGUUCCUGAAAGGCAACUGCAGGUGGAUCAGGACUCCGGCAGUUGUGUACUCCGCCCAUGUGACCACCACUCUGCUCCCCAUCCUGAGUCACAUCUUAUUCCACAACUUCCCACAGACGCACCACGCAGGUCCACAGACGUUAAAGGAGCGUUUAACCCUGGCCUCGGUUUACUCGCCGUACCUCGUAGUUCCGAUCAUGCUGCUACUCACCAUGCUCUUUAGCUCAGCAUAUAGCUCCUCUCCUCCGACGGGGAAAGCUUCAUCAAAGGCCAAGAAACAGAAAUAGAUGCUUUUAUUUCCAAUUCUAUCGUUCAUUUACUGUCAGUUCCACACAGUGCAGUUUUGUUAGAGUAACAUCUUGUAACACAAAAGAUGCAACAGUUUCUUUACUGUGUCUUCUGAAGUUAAACAAUCUUAUGAAACCAAUGUUUUUAAGUGAGACAGAAUUGAGUGGUUCUGAAACGUUUAUGGAAAACUUACUAUAAUUAAUUUAACUUGAUCACUUAAUUUCUAUUAGUUCUUAGAACUGUGAUAAAACACCACCAUGUUGUGCUGUCCACCCCAGAAUGCAGUUUGAUUUAUAAGAUGAAGACUUGCAUGUGCAAAAUAUUUUUAUUCAAAUAUAUAUCAGCUUUACAAGAUGCUUGUAAAAGUAAUGUUGGUUGAUAUGCAAGAUCUAAAUAAUGUAAAACAAUAAAUUAAGGAUCUGUUUGGUUU